CGGCACAGCCGGCGCGGCUGUCGCGGCGACAGGCGCGAAGGGUUGUGCCCGCUCCCCUCCCCGCGGAGAGGCGGAGCUGCCGGCUCCCCGCCCGCCCGCGGCCGGGAGCUGUGGCCAUGCUGCGCGGGGCUGCGGCGGCGGCGCGGCGGUGCUGCGGGCUCCCCGGGCCCGGUGCGGGGGAGGCGGCGGCGCGGCGGUGCUGCGGUGCGGCGGGGCGGCGGGAGUGGGUGCCGCCGGCGGGGCGGGACAGCGGAAUCGUGGCGUACAACAGCCGGAGCCGGAGCAAGGAGCCGCUCGUCCUGGCCACGGAAGGAGUGGCGACCUGGUACAGCUGCGGGCCGACGGUGUACGACCAGGCACACCUCGGGCACGCCUGCUCCUAUGUUAGGUUUGAUAUAAUUCGAAGGAUAAUGACUAGGUUUUUUGGAAUUGAAGUUAUCAUGGUGAUGGGGAUCACAGACAUAGAUGACAAGAUAAUAAAAAGAGCCAAUGAGAUGAAUAUAUCACCAGUAGCUCUGGCUCGUAUUUAUGAAGAGGACUUUAAACAAGAUAUGGCUGCCUUAAAGGUCCUUCCUCCUACGGUAUAUAUGAGAGUGACUGACAAUAUUCCUCAGAUAAUUUCCUUUAUAAAAACAAUAAUUGCUAAUGGACAAGCUUAUGUAACCUCACAAGGCAACGUUUAUUUUGAUGUUAAGUCUUGGGGAAAAAGAUACGGAGUAUUAACUACUAUUUAUCCUGAUACCCAAGAUGAAGCAGUUCAUACUGAUAAACGACACAGUAAAGAUUUUGCCUUGUGGAAGGCUGCCAAACCUCAAGAGCUAUCUUGGACUUCUCCCUGGGGAAAAGGAAGACCUGGAUGGCACAUUGAGUGUUCCACAAUAUCAAGUGCAGUGUUUGGAAAGCAACUGGACAUCCAUACCGGUGGAAUAGAUCUUGCAUUUCCUCAUCAUGAAAAUGAAAUUGCACAGUGUGAGGUGUAUCAUCAGUGUGAGCAAUGGGGAAAUUACUUUUUGCAUUCUGGGCAUUUGCAUGUUAAAGGAAGUAAAGAAAAAAUGUCCAAGUCAUUAAAAAACUACGUAACAAUUAAGGAAUUCCUGCAGAAAUUUUCAUCAGAUCAAUUCAGGAUGUUUUGUCUGCGCAGCAGAUACAGCUCAGUAGAAUUUGGCGACGAAACCAUGGAUGAUGCAAAGCACGUUCUUCAGGCAAUCUCCUCAUUUAUUAGAGAUGCAAAUGCUUAUAUAAAAGGACAGCUGGUAUGUGACCCUGUUAGAGAAGACAUACUGUGGGAAAGGCUAGCCAACACGAAAGUAACUGUGAAGGCUGCGUUUGCAGAUGACUUUGACACCUCCAGGGCUGUUGCAGCAAUUAUGGACCUCAUUCACCAUGGCAACAGACAGCUUAAGGCUGUUACUAAGGAUGCUGGAUCUCCCAGAAGCUCUGUUGUGUAUGGAAGCAUUAUUUCCUAUAUAGAAGGCUUUUUUAAUGCCCUUGGGAUGUCCUUUGGAGAAAGACAGGUGGCUCUGGGAGGAGGCGACUCGGCUGUGCUCUCUAAUGUCAUUGAUGAGCUUGUAAGGUUCCGCACGAAGGUCCGACAUUAUGCACUUGCUCUGCCAGAAGCAGCAGCAGAAGCUGCGCCGACAGAGGGUGCUGCGGGAGCCAAAGGACCAAAACAGGAACAAAAGGAAAAGAGGCAGCAGUUAAUGCAGGAGAGAAAACCCCUCCUGGAGGCUUGUGACAGUCUGCGUGGAGACCUUGCUGCCUUUGGAAUCUACAUAAAGGACAGAGCUGCUGUUUCAACCUGGGAAAUUGUGGAAGGAGGGCAAGCAGAGCAGCAGACUGAGAAAAAAAGCUGAUCCUUCAUCCUUGGACUUGUUUUUAAUUUCUGCUGCUUUGGCAGCAGCUGUAAAUACUAACACUUUCCAAAUAAAAUCUUUGGAACAGAAUGGCUAACUAAGAUACAAUACAAAGUGUUGACAUUACCAUCAGGUAAAUAAAUACAGGACUGGCAGCAGGUGUGUUUGCAGCACAGGUGGUGGCAACAUCCAAAACACAGGGGAGCAGCAGCUGUGUCAUCUGCCACAGGUAUAUUCUAAUGCAGGAGCUGUCCCAGCCCCAGUUGCCUCUUCACCUGCACUCACACCCUGUUUUGCUGAGCUGGCAUUGAGAAUUAAAACAUAGUGAAGACAGAGGCAAGAAUUUAGUCUUGGCUUUGAUGGUGAAAACAGUUUUAUGUCCACUGAUUUAAAGAAUUGUGUUCCUCUCAGAGAAGGAGGUGACACUUUGGCCUUGAAAUAUGUCCUUGCAGUGUUGUUGGUUUGGUCCUGUGAAAUCUUUAAGCAUAAUAUGAUAGUAGCCAGUCAUCUGCAGGGCUUGGUGUCUUUUCAGCUUUCCUUUCUAUUUGCACAGAAGAUACUGAGAUUUCUCUAGCAGCAGGCAUGCAGCAUGCUCACAAUCUCUCCAUCAGGAUUGGGAAGAUAAAUUACCAUGUUUGGUUAUUACCUGUUCAGUUACCUUUAUUCUUUUGCCAUGUUCAUGUUUAAAAAGUAUCCAUGGGUGCUGUGGCAGAGAGGCCCCAGUGGCUGAGCUUAUAUGGGACUUGUACCUUACCUUUUGGAAUACUUCCUUUAAAUGAAUAUAUGAAAAGAUAAAAAUAAGAACAUAGGUUCAUCUGCAAGGAAUUUAAUUUGCAAAUACCAUUCACACAAGUCAUCAGUUCAAAAGGAUAAAGGCUUCUCUUUUUUUCUAGUCUUGAGAAUAAAAUGUGUUUCUGUUUUUCUGCUC